AAAAUUAAUAACCUAGCAUUCCCCCACAGUUUUUCAAGACCGCGUCUCCUUUUGAAGCAUAAAAUCGAGGCGACGUUUAACGUUGAUUAAAACCCGGCUCACCGAUGCGUUACAAGCGUGGAAGUAGCACGAUCCUCGCGACUAUAUACGAUCCAUCGGUCGAUUUGCAUUUUAGUACGCAAUAAUGCCGCGCGUUUCCGUGCCCGUGUAACUCAUCGUCGAUGCUUGGCCCGCGUCAAAUCACCGUUAAACGGGGCUGCUCGUUAAAUCGGCGACCAGCUGAUCGUACACGAUUUUACGAUUGCCAGGUGAGCAACAAGGGGCUGAAGAUUAUACAGACGGUCCAUCCAGGCGGCUCGACCAGGUCGGCUGUGAAGCAUUUAGUGCCAGGACACGCUGUACUUGCGGCCGUGCAACGAGAGGACGUCGUCGCCGCAACUCUUCUGCUUCCAAAUCCGGCCACCAACAAUCCUGUCCACGUGCACGCGUACAGAUGCGACUCGGUGGAAACGGCCGAAUUUGGCGGCCAGUUGAAAGCAUUGGCGUCGCACACGGACAACUUGGCAAGGGUGAACUCGGUGGAGGGCAGAGCUCGUAGCAAUUUAGGGAGCGACGGUCGAAGCACCAGGGAAUCGGAAUCGUCGGAAGGUAGCGGUGAACUCAGACACGAUUCCGUGCAGACCACCACGAUAUACGAGUCCUUGGCUGCGGAAUUGCGUGCCAAGCUGGGCAGAGGGAACUCGGGUGACAACGACGUGGGUCCAAUUUUGCUACCUCCGCGAGAUUACGAUACCGUGCACAGACACAGAGGCAAUCUGGCCGGGAUCGAGUUCAGACGUUGCUUGAAUCAAACGAUCGUGGGCGGUAGCACUACGAUCGACAGGGGAGGCACGAGAAGCGCUGCGAGCAGCGGGAUAGGAUCGGAUAGCGCCGCUACUCCCCCGCCCUAUCAGACCCAUCAUCCUUUGGGCCCCAGACCCUCCAGACCUUCCAGAGAUUCCUCCUCGGACGACGAUUGGGGAGCGCCAGCAGAAGAGAACGAUUAUUUACCGGAAACAGAAACGACUGGAACAAGUCUAACGUUGCCAAGAUUAGCCAGAAGUCCCGAAAGAUUGGCCAGCCAGGUGAACAGAGGUGUUUCACCGAGUUGCAAUAGAAGUCGCAGGGCACCGGAAUUCAGGCAACGGUCGCCUAGCCCUCAGUAUCAGCCUAGAAUCAAUCCUUGCGAGGUGUCCAGUCCCAGAGAGAGAUUCCAAGAUGCCAAGGAGAUGUUCCGAGCCAUGGAGAGAGAGGCCAUCGCAAGGCCUGUUCUUUCUCGACAGAGAGAUGUGGAAAGUCAUCCUGUUCACAGGGUUGAGUCAGCAAGACAGAGCCACGAGGAACAACCGAGUCGUCAACAUCCGGCGAGCAACAGUUCGACAACUGGCCACGAACAUUUGAUCAGACGGAAUCAUUCGGAGGUAUCGGAACGGGAGAAUGAUGUUUCUUACAGAGCUCGACCACGGCCACGAACCCAUCAUUAUGCGAUGGAGCGAGCAGCGGAGCAAGAGAUCUCGAGGCCUCGGCCGAGAAGCUUCUACGAAAAUCCAACGGUUGGAAGAGACUUCCGAGAGCAGAACAUCGCUGAUCCGAGAGAAGUUCGAGAUUUCCGUGACCGCGCACACAUGAAGGAAAUACGCGAGAAAGUACGCGCCAGGGCAACCACGUACCAAGAACUUUCCGAACACGAGAGAUAUCCAGGUUUAGACCGUGACAGCGCGAGACCACCCUUGGAAAUCGUGCCCACCCCGGGUCGAUAUCGACACAGCUAUGCAGAGCCCCCCAGACUUGGUUUGGCGGCUCUCCAUCCAUACUGAGUCGAUUUACUCGUUGUUAACUAAUAAAUUAUUUAAUUAAUCGAC